GAUGCGCCUCCCGCCUCCCCUCAGGCUCGAGCGAGAAGAGCAACCGCCGGACCCCCCCAUCAUCUUCCAGCGAAUAACGACCGUCACUCAGGCUGACACCGGAGCGUGAGCGUCUCUAACACAGGAGUCUCCUUGCAUGUUGGCUGCAGGAGAUCGACCAGGGCGGGCGGCUGGCUGCCAGCGCGUCUACUUUCGGGCGGGGGUAAUCGUCCUGCCACCUGCAGAGCUCAAAAUGGGCCGGAUGCUGCCUGUCCCGUUGAGUUACUCCAACAUGUUGUGUUUAUCUUCGGUGCCAGCAUCUGCAGUUCCUUCCCACACAGGUUCUCAUUCCACCCAGGGACACUCCAAAUGAUUGUGAAUAAAACCCCAUUGACAAGAGCCUUCCAACUAUUGCAACCUUCACGUGGUCCGCCCUGUUUCGACUAAUGCAAUCAACUCGACGUGCACAAACGAAAGAUCAAAUAGAACAAGUUGUCCAACAACUUUAGGCUGUGCACGCCGCACGAAAGAAGAAGAAGCCUUCCAACUCAAGCCCUUUGCUGUCAACGUUACUCAGGGCGAUCGUUUUCUUUUUACCUUAAAUAAAAUCGACCCGUGCAACUAUUUCAUGGUUAUCGAGGGGCGGUGGUGCCUCGCUAUCUCUUAAAUGGCCAUGGGUGGAUCUCAUGGGGUCACUGGCCCGUUCAUAGUUGCUCUCGGCGUUCGUGUUGCCCUCGUCUUUUAUGGGCUGUACCAGGAUCGUUCCAUGCAGGUUAAGUACACGGAUGUGGAUUACCAAGUCUUCACAGACGCCGCCAGAUUUGUCACUCAGGGGGCCUCUCCAUACAGAAGAGCAACCUAUCGUUACACACCUUUGCUAGCAUGGAUGUUGAUGCCCAACAUUUACUUCAUGGAAAUAUAUGGGAAACUUGUAUUCAUUAUAUGUGAUGUCCUUGCAGCUCAUCUCAUGCAUAAGAUCUUAUGCCUCCAAGGACUGGACAGUCGAAGUGCAUGUUGGUACUGCAGCCUAUGGCUCUUCAACCCCCUGCCAAUGGCUGUUUCAAGUAGAGGGAAUGCAGAAGCUGUUCUGGCAGUGUUGGUCCUAAGUACUUUGUUCUACCUAAAGCGCAGGCAGAUUGUGAAGGCUGCACUGUUUUAUGGGCUUUCUGUACAUUUGAAGAUUUACCCAGUGACCUAUGCAUUCCCCAUAAUUCUAUCACUUCAAACUGGCCAACAAGCAAAAGAGAAUGAUACCCCAACUAUAAGAAAUAAACAGCAUCUUAAAAAAGGAAUAAGCCUUCUCAAACCCAUGUUUAUUGUCAGACUGCUAAAUAAGGAUGUGCUUCUGUUCAUCACUAUUGCUGGCCUCGAAUUUCUUAUCCUAGGAGCACUCUUCUAUUGCAGGUAUGGUUGGGAAUUUCUGGAUCACACGUAUCUCUACCACUUAACACGAAGAGACAUUCGCCACAACUUCUCCCCAUACUUCUACAUGUUGUAUUUGACUGCAGAGAGUGAAUGGAGCUCAAUUCUGGGACUAGUUGCUUUCCUCCCACAGUUCCUACUACUCGUCAUCACAUCUUUUGCUUAUUACAAGGACCUUACAUUUUGCUGCUUCCUUCACACUGCCAUUUUUGUCACUUUUAAUAAAGUGUGCACUUCACAGUACUUCCUGUGGUACUUGUGUCUUUUACCAAUGGUUCUUCCACAUCUGACAUUUUCGUGGAGAAGAGGCAUCAUACUCCUAGCUUUAUGGUUCACUGGUCAGGGAUUAUGGCUCACCCCAGCGUAUUACCUGGAGUUUGAAGGACAGAACACUUAUCUGCUUAUUUGGUUAGCUGGGUUGCUAUUCCUUGCCAUCAACUGCUUCAUUCUCUUGGUAUUAAUCUCAAACUACAAGAAAAGGAAUCUGCAAUCAAAGACAAACACAGAAUAACAGCAAGAAACCUUCUUUCCUCAGAAUAUUGCUAUUUAUUUUAAUGGAUUGCACGUAAAAUGUAUUUAGUUUAAUUGAGAGAUGCAGUCUGAAAACAGACCCUUUGGCCCACCAAGUCCACGCAAACCAUCGAUCAGCCAUUCACACUAGUUCUGUUAUCCCACUUUCCCACCACCUACGCAGUAGGUGCAAUUUACUGAGGCGAAUUAACCCACAUGUCUUUGGGAUGUGGGAAGAAAUCUGAGCACCUGGAGGAAAGCCACGAGAUAAAGAAGAACAUUCAAACUCUGCACAUAGAGCACCCGAGGUCAGGAUCAAACCUGAAUCUCUGGACACUGCCAGCUGUGCCUCCCACUUAUUCUAAGCAUAAAUAUGAUGAAUUCGCAUUUUAUUUAUCUGUGAUGACUCUUAGAAAUGUAGUUUGCAUUAUGCAUGGUAUUUUUAUGCUACUUCUACUUACAAGAUAACCAUGUCCUUGCUUAGAAAUAUCACCUUGCCCAGGAGGGUUUUUCACUUAAUCUUGAUUGCCUUCUUUGAGUGGAAAUUGUCACGUGUUGAUGAGUUAUCAAUAUAUCCCCUAGGGUUAAUAUGACAGCUUAAUGUUUUUCUUUUGUUAACAUGAUUUGGAUAUACAUGGCAAGACUGGCAUUCAUUGUCCAUCCCUUAUUAACCUUACAAGAGAUAAUUGAAUGUUAACCACUUUGGUAAAUCUGAUGAUACAUACAUGAAGAAUAUUAGUGAAAUAGAAGUUUUGUUUUCAAAAUGUGAAAAGUGCAGGUUGGCGCAGGUGGUGGGGCUCCUGCCUCGCUGUACAGAACACGGGUUGGACUGACCUGGGUGCUAUGUUGUUGGAGUUUGCAUGUUUUCCCUAUGACCACAUGGGUUUCCUCCCACCUCCCAAAACCUUGCAAGUCUUUAUAAAUUGCCUCAAGUGUGUAGGAAGUUGAUGAGAGAAUGGGAUCAUAUAGAACUAGUGUGAACAGGUUAUCGAUGGUCAGUGUGGACUCAGUGGGUCAAAGGGUCCAUUUCCAUGUUAAAUAUCUAAACUGAACUGGUAGGUUUAUCGUUUCCAGUAUUGAGUUUGUUCAAUUACUUGAAUUUAAAUUCCCCAUUUGCAAUCAUAUGAUUCCGAAUCUUGUCUCUGAAUUGGCAGUG